AUGGCAUUCGCUGGAGCGGAAUUGUUAGCGCUUCGAGGAGUUCCACACUUCGAUCCGACGGGUGGUGCAAGUAUUGUCAGCGGCAAGUGGAAAGCUUGGCUUGAAGAGUUCGAAGCCUACGCCGAUAGUCGCGGCCUGUUUCUGGACGGAUGUACGCCGGCCCAGGAGGCUCAACGGAGAGCAUUGUUGCUGUACACUGCGGGUCCUGUGGUAAGGGAGACUUUCAAAACACUUCCCAAUAAAGGAGAGAGGAAUGAGUAUCAAAAAGCCACAGAUGCCCUAAAUGCUCAUUAUGUUGUCAAACCUAAUGCUACGUUUCAAAGACAUUUGUUCAGGAAAACAAAGCAGGAAGAUGGUGAAACGGUUGCCCAAUUUGUUACCAAAUUACGACAGGUUGCUAUUGGAUGCAAUUUCGUAGCUGGGGAUGUAGAAAACCAAAUUCUUGACCAAGUAGUUCAGUACUGCAGAGCUGAUAAAGUUCGCAGGAGAAUGCUGGAGAAAGGAGGUGAGCUCAAGUUAAAUGAUGCAUUGUCCAUGGCUGCUGCUCUAGAAGCUGUUGAAGGUCAAUUUAACUCCAUGUCAUUGAGAGAGAGAGAAAGGCCUAGAGCUGGUCAAGUGAAUCAAGUAUCAUACGAGAAUGACAGAAAAAAGAAUUUGGAAUGCUACCGAUGUGGGAACAAAGGACAUUUUGGGAAGGAUGCAUCAUGUCCAGCCAAAGGAAAGAUCUGUCGGAAAUGUGGAGGCCAAAACCACUUUGCGACAAUGUGCAAAAGUAAGGCCAAGAGCACAAGUGAGGCGAGAGGAAAAGUCAGAGAUGGGAAGUCCAGAGAGGGAAAGAAGUAUAAGAAUAGAGUUCGCCAAGUGGAAGGUGAACCCGGAAAUGAUAGUGAUGAUGACAACAGCCGUGGCCGUGAUCAGAGGUACUAUCAAUUUGCUGUGAAUGGUGAUCAUGAGAAAGUCCCAAUAAUCAUUGGAGGUGUCACAGUCCCAGUGAUAGUAGAUUCGGGAAGUGAUUGCAAUGUAAUAGAUCAGAUAUUGUGGGAGAAACUGAAGAAGGACAAAAUCAUCUGCAAAUCUACUAAGAGUACCAAGAGGCUUUAUCCGUACACAUCACAGAUACCAUUAACAACUGUUGGAUGUUUCACAGCCACCGUAGAAGUUGGCAAGAUGAAGUCGACUGCAGAGUUUGUUGUCAUCAAAGAAAAGGGAGAACCUUUACUGAGCAAACAUACGUCUAGAGAGCUGGGAGUGCUCCAGGUGGGAAUUGUACAUGUAAAUGCGGUACAGAGUUAUGCAGGUUUAAAGCAGGAGUUUGAAGCAGUCUUCAAAGGAGUAGGGAAGUUGAAGGGUCGACAGGUGCAGUUAGCAGUGGAUGAAACGGUGAAGCCAGUGGCCCAGCCUGUGCGAAGGACUCCAUUUGGACUGAGAAAAAAGGUCGAGAUGAAGAUUGCGGAAUUGAUCGAUCUCGACAUCAUUGAGCCAGUUGAACGCUCCACGCCAUGGGUAAGCCCAGUUGUCAUAGUUCCAAAGAGAAAUGAUGAAAUAAGACUGUGUAUCGAUAUGCGUAGAGUGAACGAAGCAAUCAUAAGAGAACGUCACCCCAUUCCCACUAUUGAGGAAGUCCUACAGGAGCUGUCGAUUAGCAAGGUCUUUUCGAAAAUAGACCUGAAGUGGGGGUACCACCAACUGGAGUUACAUCCGGAGUCUAGAGAGGUGACAACCUUUGUCACUCAUUGUGGGUUGUUCCGCUAUAAGAGACUGUUGUUCGGAAUCAAUGCUGCUCCAGAGAUUUAUCAAUAUGAGAUACACAGAGUGAUAGCUGGGAUAGAAGGAGCUGCGAACAUAUCAGAUGACAUCAUUGUGCAUGCAUCGACCCAGAAAGAGCAUGACAAGAGGUUGAAGCAGGUGCUUGGCAGACUGCGGGACGCAGGAUGA